CCCGCCCCCCGCCCCCUCCCUGCACCUUGUGCCUGCUGUGGCCGGGCGCAUAACAUGUCCAAACCUUGGGAGAGUUCCCUCUUCGCCCUGGCGGACCUCGAGUCCGACGAUGAGUUCGAGCGGUCACUGCGCUUUCGGGGCUCGGAUGGCCUGGAGGCCGUGGCCCUUGCCCCGGCACCGUCCACCACUCCGGCACCCCUGUUCCUGACCCCGGCCCCGCUCUUCGAGCCGGUUUUGCCCUUCUCCCUGGUUACCCCCCCGGCCUCGGUUCCCUCCUCUGCGGAGCCCCUGCCGGCCGGUCCCCCCUCGCCGCCCGGGCCGGCACCAUUUCUCGGCGUGCAUGUGCCCUCCCAGCCGCGCCGCAGCCCGCCGGCUCUGGCGCCACAAUCCCCACCUCCGCCGGCGGAUGCUCCGGAGGCAGAUCCCCCUGCCCGGCCCCGGCGUGUGCCCAAGCGCCCCACUGGCUCCCUGCCGGCCAAGCGUGAGCGAGGCCCGGAGACGCCCCUCCCAGCCGGAUCUGAGUCCCUGGUCACACCUACCCCUGUCCGGCGAUCGUUGCGCAUCUCCCGCAAGAAAGGUCCCCCCGGCAAGGCGCCCGCCACUUCGGCCACGGCGAAGGCCCAGCUUAGCCUCUUCUCCCCGGGCGAGGCGUCCACCCUCACCCAAAUCGAGGACGCCAUUUCCUCCACCAAGGCCAGCCUCACCGCCUCGCUGGUCAUCAACGAGUUUCACAUCCAUCUGCAGACCCUUCGCCCCGUCUGCCCGACACAUUCGCCCGACGAUCCUCAAGAGCCCGAUGAAACCUUCGAGCGCCUCCUCGACACCAUCAGCCGCGCCUGGCUUCCCGCCCUCAUGGCCGGCGACCUCCGCCUGGCCCUGUCCUUUGCACAUCUCCUUUGGACCGACAUCCUGCUGGCUCCGGUGCCGGAUGCGAUUCUCCUGCGUCGGCGGGCGCUGGCCCUCUUCCGUGACAUCCUGCUCGCCGUGACCAGGGCCGCCAUCGCCUCGGCAUCUGCCUCCCGGAUCCAGGACGCGGACAAUCCCCUUUCCGUGGUGUUCGGCUGGGCUGCCCCGAAGCGACUCCUGGCAGAUCGCCUUCAACAGCCCCUACCGGCUCUUGCUCAUGUGCUCCUGUCCACCAACCGCCCGAAUGGCAGCACACUUCCCAGCACCCCGGUCCCAGGCCGGGGGGUCGACUCGAAGAGACCCAUUUUUCCCGUGGCCCUGGAGAUCGCCCGCCCGGGUCGGCUCCCCCGCGUCCGCACCCAUGGCGGCUCUUCUGACACCCCGUCCACCCCCCGGCGCCCAGGCCGUCGGGGAUGCCUUCUAGCUCCGCCCACUCCGACGACUCCGGGCCGCCGAAAGUCACAAUCCGCCCCGCCGGUCCUGGCUCCCACUCCUGAGGAUCUCCAUGCCGAGGGAGCCGUCCUGAUCGUGUUGGCAUUUGCCGAGUGGGUUUCUCUCAGGAUGCACAUCGUUGUCACGGUUCCCGGGGCGCCGGCAUUUCGAAGGGGCACUCAACAUUUGGAAGCCCUUUUGGCCGACUGGGCCGCCGCCACAUCGGCGCUCAUUGUCUGCCUGCUGGACCAGCGCCGCGCUCGGCCACAUUAUACCCCCCUCCGUGAGGCCCUCUCCAUCUUGGACACCAUGUUGAGCCGAAUCCCGGGAGAGCUCCUCCAUCGUGCCGGCCACUGUGCGAAUGCCCUCCGCGACUCGGUUCUUUUCUCCGUAAUCGCUCUCUUUCCCCAGCAUCGAGACCGGCGCACCACACCUGACGUUCGCGCCUCUCUGCGGCAAUUUUACGGGCGCCUGUGCAUUGGUCUGCUUGAGAUCCUGACAGGCGCUCAUGUUGCUCCGAUCACCACCUCAGCGACUCCUGUUGCCCAUUUGCCAAACUGCUUCGCCACACGAGGCCUCCUCCUGCUCCUGGUCAGCCUGGCACCCGACCCGGAUGAAUGCUUCAAAAGCCUGAUCAUUUUCAACCAGCUAUACGCGCAAGAUGAGCUCCUGUCAGGGCGUCCGGCUCCCAAUCGCCCGGAAUAUCGCCUGUCUUCCCCGGAGCUCCUUGGCCUGACGGCGUUUUCCCGAAUGCCGGCGGUGGUUUCCAUCCAAACGCUCAUUUCGAUCGCUUGCAAGUGCAUCAUCCAGCCCUUCAUCGAAUCGUCCGUCCCCCCGGCCACCGCCCCGGCACCUGCCCCAGUCAAGGGCCCCUCCUUUGCCUCGCCCUACCUCGAGUCCUUCAGCAGCCUUUUCACCUCAUCCGAUGCCCAGGGGCCGCUUCUCGGCCCACCGCCCCGGGAUCCUCCCGGCCCCCCAAGCAACCUGCAUCCCAAGCACUUUUCCGAAGCCGAUUGGUACAAUCUCUUUUGUCUCCUCUACUUUUUCCCCAUGUCGGCCAUGAUCCCGACCCCUCCAUCAUUGAUGGCCUCGGAUCAUCUCGACACCCGGCGCUCGGUCCGGCAUCGUCAAACCCCUCCGCGCCUUUCGCUGGAGCCAUCCAAAUCCCCCAUCGAGACUCCAAGCCAGUCCUGGAGCCGCCUGGCCAAUCGCCUCCGUGCCGCCCUCAACGCCGCUCCCUUCAACCUUCAGGUCACCUCCACCUCUCGGGCCCAGGUUUUAGCCCUGAUCACCGGGGCCCUUGACAUCGCCGGCUCAAUGGCCCUGGCCCUCCGAUGAGCCGAACCCCCCAAUUCGCUGUUGCCUCCGGCCGAAUAGACGCUCCCUGUCGCAUCCGC